UACCUGAGCUACCCGGCCGCGCUGCGCAGUCCCCCGAGACCUGGAGGUGCUCCCGAGGUGUGGCUGCGCUGGAGCCUGAACCUGGUUGCGUCUUACAAGCCUUGUGCGGACUCUUGCCGCCCUAAGCGGACUGAUAGCUGGCCUGCCAAGGAGUGUGUGUACGUGGCGGCGUGUUGCUUAAACGCCCCGUAAUGAUCCUUAAAAUGGGAGACUACCUCCAAGAGAUGGGUUGUGGAGAGAAGUCACCAGGGUUGGGGUCAGGUCUUGAUCCCUGCGGGAGGAGGCAGGCUUUUAUUCCACCAGUAUUAGGGUGGUCUAACUACGACCCACCUGCCACCUGUUAAUUGUACGGCCUGCUAACUCAGGAUGGCUUUUUACCAUUUUAAAUGGUUGAAAAGAUAUCAAAAGAUUUUUGUGGCACGUGGAAAUGAUAAGAAAUUCAAAUUUCGGUGUCCAUCAGGUUUUGUUAGAGCACAGCCACGCGCAUUUGCUUAUGUGCUGCCUGUAGCCCCUUUAUCUUCCGAACAGCAGAGCUGAGCUGCUGCCCUCAAAGCCUAAAACACUGUCUGGCGUUUCACGGAGUUAUGUCGACCCCUGACCUAGCGGAUCGAAUCUCCAAGGGGAGGCGAGGGCCGGAGCAGACAAGAAAUGCAGUGUGCAUUCAGUUCGAAGUAGCCCAGUGUUAUAGAUAAACUGUAUGUUUGCGGGAAGAAAAAUUGAAAAAACUUUACCUGAGAGUCUAUCCAAAAUGAAGCUUGGAAGUUUUUGUUCGGGGGUCAGUGAAAGAUAAAAGUGAUUCCACAGGAAAGGGGCACGGGUUGAGGUGUUCAGAAAUUCUAACCGUGGGAGAUUUCUGUUUACUAAAAGGGGGCAAAGUUUAAACAAUAGUAGGAAAAGGCUUCCCCGUGGUGUGCAAGAAGAUAACCAAAAUAUCUGUUGAAUAAAGCAAAUGAGUGAGAAGUCCUGAAACAUUUCACUGGCUUAAAAAUAUCAGACUGGUCUUUAGAUGUAUUGAAAAGCACAACAAUUGGUUAGCAUGUUGUCAUCUGUUUGUAUGAGAGCUGCUGUCUUCCUUAUAAUCUGCUGAUUUCUGCACAUACCACCUUUGACCAUUUUGCAGUUUAGAGUCCAAAAUGUACCGUGCUUAGUAGUGGAAUCCACAUAAUAACCACAUACAAGUAAUGAAAAAAGGACUCAACAACCUAUCUUACUUACGGAAAUUUAGGAAGACGUGAUUUUCAAAGCUAAUUAUGAAAACAUUUGUCAUUGGAAUCAGUGGGGUGACAAAUGGCGGGAAGACAACGCUAGCUAAGAAUUUGCAGAAACACCUUCCAAACUGCAGUGUCAUAUCUCAGGAUGAUUUCUUUAAGCCAAAGUCGGAGAUAGAAAUAGAUACAAAUGGAUUUCUGCAGUAUGACGUGCUUGAAGCGCUCAACAUGGAAAAAAUGAUGUCUGCCAUUUCCUGCUGGAUGGAAAGCCCAAGACACUCACUGGUAUCAACGCACCGUGGAAGCAGCGAGGAAAUUCCCAUAUUAAUCGUCGAAGGCUUCCUUCUCUUUAAUUAUAAGCCCCUGGACACUCUGUGGAACAGAAGUUACUUUCUGACGAUUCCUUAUGAAGAAUGCAAGAGGAGGAGGAGUACGAGGGUCUAUGAGCCGCCAGAUGUCCCAGGGUACUUUGAUGGCCACGUGUGGCCCAUGUAUCUAAAGCACAGACAAGAAGUGGAGAACAUCACCUGGGAGAUUGUUUACCUAGAUGGAACAAAAUCGGAAGAGGACCUCUUUUCCCAAGUGUAUGAAGAUCUAAUACAAGAACUAGCAAAGCAAAAGUCCCCGCUGAAGAGUCCCAGGAAGAUUUGGAUUGGUCCUGCUUGGGUCCCAUGGCUUGUGCUAACCUGAUUGCUUUGACCCCAGAGUUGGCAUACUCGGAUUGGCUAGAACUGGAUCAUGGACUCAUCCUGUCAUUGAAUGCCUCUGCUAAGGCCUCCUGUUUAGCAGGAGAAAUUCCCCCAAAAGGAGAGCAAAGCAGGAGGUAGAAAGCAGAAGCAGGAUGAAAAAGCGUGCUCGGAGAACAAAACUAUAGAUCCAGCUGCUGUUAUAUUCGAACUAUUGGAACUAAAAGGGUUUUCAUGGUUAACACGUGCAAAAUGCAAUCAUUCACUCGUUGAAGAGAAGCCAGUGUGAGUCACUCCUGCAGGGGAGAACAGUCCCUGCUUCUGAGAAGCAACUACCCUAGGCCAGAUGUCAUCAUCUCUUAAUAAGAACUAGAUUUCCUUUGUUCUCAGUAAACUCCUAUCUUACGAGGGGACUGAGCCCAGCCAGCCCAUUGAUCCUACACACUCCUGAUUUCAGCAUCGGCCCUUCAUGUAGGCAUGAUCCCAUUUGAAGAAAUUUCAGGACCAUUUUAAAGUUUCUUGUAAGUGGAACUUAGAGUCCUUGGCAGAUAUCCCCACCCCCACCCGCCCCGCCAUCUGUUACUUUGAUGAAAGGCAGGGAAGCUCAGGGCGCCAACGUGAAGGGCUUAUAAAGAAUGUAGAGUGAAGGAAGGAGUUGAGCACCUGAACCAGAGAUGCUUUGCUGAGAGUGACUGGCUCCCUUUCUGGCCCUAAGGAGAGACUUCAGGGUGUUUUAGGUGCUGGACACCUCUACCUUUCCAUCCCUUUGGUAAUGGUCAGUGCUUAAGUCCAUUUUUUUUCGUGACUAAGUCAUACUCUGGAGUUUGGCUUUGUGAUCCAGCUCCUGAUAAAGAUAAAAGGUGCCUUCACCAAGUAGCUCAAACUGCCGCUCGCUCCGUAUCAAAUGCCAACCUUUACCAUCAGUUCCAAGCCCCAAGAGCAACAGGUAUGUUUUGACGGACACUGAAAGCCCAUGAGGGAGUACGUGUCCGUGUGUAUAGCAGCCCUCUUUCCUUGCUUCCGUCGUAGAGGCUGGAAAGGAGUACUCGCUUAUGCCUUUUAAGGCUAUCUUGCUUGUGUUCUAGAUAUCAGAUAAAGUUAAGUAGAAAAAAAAAUGACAAAUUUUAGAAGAGACAUAAAAUCCAAAGCAGAUCAGCUUUUCUUACCUCUUAAGAUCUGUAUCAGUUUUUUUUUUUCCAGUUGCAUAAGUUAUGGUGUUAUUUAUAGUAACCUACCACCUUGCCCAGUUCUUACAACCACAGUGCCUUGGGAGAACUGCCUGGAGGGCUCCUUGGCAUGGCCUGGUUUAACCCACAGUCAGGGGCUGAGCUAGCAAGGAGGCCUUUCCUAGGUUUCAAGGGACUACUCUGCGGGCUCCUCACAACCUCUCAUAAACCUGCUCAACUACCCUCCCAUUCUAAGCCCAUAAAAUCAUGACUGUGAUAAAGUAAUAAUGAUGAGAGGGAAACAGAUUGAAUUGAAUGAUUAAUGAAACAAAUGACCCAAGAGAGUAAGAACACAAAGUUAUGUGUUUAAUUUAAUCCUUAUUUAAAUUCAGUGUUUGAGGCAAAAUGUAAUCAUUCCCUCUCCUCACAAUGACAAGGCCGUCUAGCCACCAGAACUUUCGAACUCCUUCAGCUCAGGGCGUGAUCCUGGCGUUCUGGGAUCGCCCCACGUCAGGCUCCUCCACUGGGAGCCUGCUUCUUCCUCUCCCACUCCCCCUGCUUGUGUUCCCUCUCUCACUGGUUGUCUCUAUCUCUGUCAAAUAAAUAAAUAAAUCUUUAAAAAAAAAAAGCAUAUUCAUUAUUUAAAAAGUUUUCAUUUAAAAAAGAGAAAAUAAUCACUUGAAUUCCCACCAAUCAGCAAUGUGAACAUCCUAACGAGGACACGUCCAACAUUUUUGCCAUUCACAUCAGCCUCUUAGCUGGUUACAUGGUUAAUCGCCAUACUCAUUUCUUUUUUUUAAUGUUUUUACAUUCAUGUUUAAUAUUUAAAGGAGCUUUAUAGAGUUUAUUAUAUAAUGAAAGUAAAACUACACAGCUUUUCCAGUUAAAGGAGUCAAGGCUGAGUUCUAUUUUGCUUAUUAAGAGUGAGUUAUAAGACUUGGCAUUGACCUCUCGGUGCAGAAGAAAGAUGUCACAUGUCUUGUUUCAAAUCAAACGAAUAAGAAAUUGCAAACUAAAGUUUAAUAAAAGGUGUGUAUUUUUCUUUUGGCAUUUUUCUAUAUCAAAUAUAAAAUAUAAUGUCCAAUUAAAGUAAUAGUAUAAUUAUCUAAUAUAAUAGCCCAAAUUAUCAUGGGAUUAAUGGCCCAUUUCGCAAUUGCUGAGUAUUUAGUACCUUUACAGGUUUUUCACAUUGGCAAAUAACAUGCUAUAAAAAAUAUCUACACAUAUCACUUGUUUUCUUCUUCUGGAAUCAUAUUAAAGUUUUCCAGAAGUAGUGCUUGCUUGGUCAAAGAGUAUAAUCAUACCUGUAUGUAUAGCCUUCAGAAAUUAAAUACUACACUAAAAAAAUAUGUUUCUCCAACAUGAACUCUGUAAUAUGAAUGCAAUAGGUUUAGCAUUGAGUUUCAAGCCAAAGUCACUGAGUAUUCAGCUAGGCUUCCUUGGAUUAAGAAAAAAAGAGUAAAGGUACCCAUGCUCUUUCCCCAAAUCAAGGAUAACACUGCAAACCGAUAAUUCUAACACAACCAGCCGCCCUUUGUGAUACUCUUCUAAUUUUCCAACUAUUUCAUUCCUUGAAGCCAACGAUUAUUAUACCAAUUGCAAAUGAUAUUAGAUAUCUGAUAUGUUAAGAUAGGCUUAAAUUUAGCCUAAGGAUUCAAAGAAUGAGACUUGGCCUCUAUUUAGUUCUUGACGGAAACCCAGCAUUUCUGGCUCCAGAAUCCCUGUAAUCUUAAUAAUAGAUUAAGAUUUACUGUUGAUAGUGUGAAGAUUUAACACAAUGAGAAUUGGAAUUCUCUAUUAAUUUCUUUCUACUUGUAUUUGUU